AUGGUGACAAGCCCCGAGGUGGCCGUCAGGAGCUGCCUGGCCCCUUGCCAGCAGAAGGAAGCCCCCGCAGAGGGCGUGCAGUCCAUCUCCAACGUCGUUUACAAGCUGGGUGAGAAGCCACAGCUGCCCCGUGUCCCCAUCCAGUACCACAACCAGCCCCCCAAAACUGACCUGGUGAUUUCGUGCCCGGGGGCGCGGCCGGAGCACGCCGUGGCCUGGGACAAGGGAUCCGUGCGGCUCUACCGUGCCCACUACCUGGUGGGGGUGAGGAAGCACAUGAGGCUCUUCAUCGACCACGGGAACCACCUGCACCUGCAGCGGCUGCGCAGGAGGGACAAAGCCACCUACUUCUGCUGGCGGGAGGGCGAGCUGGUGGCUGGAUUCCAGCUCACUGUCACCUUCGAGCCGCGGCGCCAGCGCAGCCCCAGUGACCCCGAGUCCAUCUUCGUCAUGAGGGCUGUGGGCAUCAGCUUCGCCGUCAUCGUCGGCAUCUUCUUCCUCAUCCACCUGUCCCACUGCAGGGCUGAGGUGUUCAGGAAACUGGUCAAGUUGUAG